AUUUGUAGUGACCACAGCGAGCUGCUUGGCUUCCGACAAAAAGAUCGAUUUUUCAAUAGUUCCUCCAUAAAUAGGGCUAAAAAUUAGCUUGAUCAUUUGUUCCAAGAAAAUACUGACAGUCAGCGGUUAUCAUCAGAUUGUUUGCGAAACUUCGACGCAAUGGCCGAACUGGACAAAAUAGAAGUUCGAGAUAUUACCCGCAUCGAGCGGAUCGGUGCCCAUUCGCACAUCCGUGGUCUGGGGCUGGACGAUGUGCUGGAAGCUCGAGCCGUGUCGCAGGGUAUGGUGGGCCAGAAAGACGCUCGCCGUGCCGCCGGUCUUGUGGUGCAAAUUGUGCGCGAUGGUAAAAUGGCCGGGCGUUGCAUUUUGCUAGCCGGGGAACCCAGUACCGGAAAGACGGCAAUUGCCGUGGGAAUGGCGCAGGCCCUUGGAAACGAAACACCGUUUACAAGCAUGUCCGGUUCGGAAAUUUACUCCUUGGAGAUGAACAAAACAGAAGCUCUUUCGCAAGCUUUGCGUAAAAGUAUAGGCGUUCGUAUAAAGGAAGAGACGGAGAUCAUUGAGGGGGAAGUCGUCGAGAUUCAGAUCGAUCGUCCAGCUUCCGGAACAGGUAAGAAGGUGGGAAAGGUCACUAUCAAGACUACGGACAUGGAAACGAACUACGAUCUUGGUAAUAAGAUUAUCGAGUGCUUCAUGAGAGAGAAAAUUCAGGCCGGGGAUGUAAUCACGAUUGACAAAGCUUCCGGCAAGGUUAGCAAGUUGGGUAGGAGCUUCACCAGGGCCAGAGAUUAUGAUGCAACCGGAGCGCAGACUCGGUUUGUCCAAUGUCCAGAAGGAGAGUUGCAAAAGCGAAAGGAAGUGGUUCACACUGUAACGCUUCACGAAAUCGAUGUCAUCAACAGCAGGACCCACGGUUUCCUGGCUCUCUUCGCUGGAGAUACCGGUGAAAUCAAACAAGAAGUUCGUGAUCAGAUCAACAGCAAGGUCAUGGAGUGGCGCGAGGAAGGCAAAGCUGAAAUCAACCCCGGAGUGUUGUUCAUUGACGAGGCACAUAUGUUGGAUAUCGAGUGCUUCUCAUUCCUCAAUAGGGCUCUGGAAAGUGAUAUGGCCCCAGUCGUAAUAAUGGCCACCAAUCGAGGAAUAACCAAAAUUCGCGGCACAAACUACCGCAGUCCUCAUGGAAUUCCAAUCGAUUUGCUAGACCGAAUGAUCAUCAUCCGAACGGUUCCCUACACGGCGAAGGAAGUCAAGGAAAUUCUCAAGAUUCGUUGUGAGGAAGAAGAUUGUCAGAUUAACAACGAAGCAUUGAUGGUUCUGGGACGUAUCGCAACGGAGACCAGCCUACGGUAUGCCAUUCAAUCGAUCACGACGGCCAGUUUGGUCAGCAAAAGGCGUAAGGCUGCGGAGAUUACCGUCGAGGACAUUCGGAAGGUUUAUUCUCUGUUCUUGGAUGAGAAACGUUCGAGUAAGAUCAUGAAGGAGUACCAGGAUGAGUAUAUGUUCUACGAUGACAGUUUGACCAAGGCAGAACAGGCUAUGGAAGUGGAGACGAGUUAAGUUACUAGAAGGUAGGAAGCUUUGCAAACUAUUUGACAUAUAAGUUCCGUGUAUGGAUUCCAAUCUUAUAAUAUUAAAACUAUGCUAACGAGCCACAUUCAGGCGUGCUGAUAGUCGUACAAAGCCAAUAAACUAAUGGUAAUAUAAAA